AUGUGCUUAAAGGCAUUGAGAUGUGAGUUUACGAAGGAGGAAAUCAAGUUUUUAGGAUUCAUCCUAAUCCUUUCUGGACAUGUGCUCACCAUCGACGCACCACUUAUCGCUCUAACAAAAAAUGUUUUCUUUAAUUGGACACCACAAUGUAAGGAGGCGGUGGAUCAUGUGAAGCAAGCUUUAACAACAGCACCUAUUCUUGCAUCACCACGACUAAGUAAAUUUUUCAUUAUCGAGACUGAUAGCUCAGCGAAAGGUGUCGCCGGAGUCCUCAAGCAGAAACAAGGAGGUCUGGAGCGCGUUAUCGCUUAUGCGAGCCGCACUCUGAACGAACAUGAAGCGAGAUAUCCAGCAAUAGAACUUGAAGCCUUAGGAUUGGUUUAUGCGGUGCAGAAGUUUCGACCAUCUAUAGAGGGAGCGAAAUGCACGAUCAUCACCGACCAUGCGCCACUCAAAGCAUUACUCUACCGGAAGAUCUUACUGGGAGAUUGGCUAAAUAUCAAGGCGUGCUGCAGGAAUUUGAUAUCGAAGCUAUCUAUCGCUCAGGGAAGAGGAACGCAGUAUGUCACGCGCUGUCUCGACUUUACCGCCAGCUAUAAAUGA